AUGAAGGAGCUGGACCCAAGGGAAGAUGCACCAAUGCUCUAUUCCAAUAAAUUUGAAUGCUCAGACAGAACAAUCCGUGGAAUCGAGGCCGCUAUGAAGCGUUUGGCGUGCACUGCAAUCGGAUUUGAUGCCCACCUGUCCUUUUUGGCCUGUCUUCAGUCUCUCGCUUGGUCGGCUCGCUUGGUCAACGUGGCCGAUGCACCAGUUGCUCGGAUGGUUCAGCCUCAAACUUGGGUAAUUAAACCUAUGGCUAUUAAGUAA